CGUUAAUUAGAGAGAGAGAAAACAGCGGCUGUUUGGUAGAAAAGAAAGGUAAAGAAAUUAAAAAACAGAGAGAAAGCAAGAAGGUUGGUGGAAUCUUUAGGCAAAGGACCAAAGGAAUCGCCCUCCUCUCUUCUCCUUUUCCUUAUAUUGGAGCUUUCUGGAGGUGCUUUUCUUUUGGGUUUCAUUUGUAUUUAUAAAUUUUCAGACUUUGAUUGAUUCCAUUCCCUUCAACCACAGAUUCCUUUCCUUUUCUUUCCUCUUAUCUAAUUUUCUUUCAUUUUCCUCCCUUGUGAAAAUCCCCAUAAUCAGAGCAAAUCAGAUUUGAGAGGAAUUGAAGGGAUAAAAAUGGCGGAAGAACAUAGAUACCCAGCACCGCGUCUCUGCGUUAACAACUGUGGAUUCUUCGGUAGUCCGGCGACCCAAAACCUCUGCUCCAAGUGCUACCGAGAUCUCCAACUCAAAGAGCAGCAAUCCUCCAACGUCAAGCUCGUCUUGAACCAAACCCAAACCUCCACCACAUCAUCGACGUCAUCAUCAUCGUCUUCCUCAUCUUCGACCGCCUCUGUUUCUAUUUUGUCUCCUGUGGUCGUUGAUCUGCCUGAGGUCAGUAGCAAUCAGCCUGCAUCGGCGGCGACAGUGGUGGAUGAUAAGAAUGAGGAGACAACGGCGGUGCGGCCAAACAGGUGCUUGACGUGCAGGAAGCGCGUGGGGCUCACGGGAUUUAAGUGCAGGUGUGGGAUGGUAUUCUGUGGAAGCCACAGGUACCCGGAGCAGCAUGGUUGUAGCUUUGAUUUUAAGGCUAUGGGCAAAGAGCAGAUUGCCAAGGCCAAUCCUGUGGUCAAGGCAGAAAAGCUGGACAAGAUAUGAAUUUGGAAAUGGGAAAAAAAUAAUAAGUUUCUGUUUCUCUAUGUGAUUUUAGAAUUGAAAUUUAGCCACCGGCCGGCCAGUAAUAGUGUCGCCGGAGGGAAUGUUAUUGUGGGUAUGUAAAUUCAAUUGUAAUUUUAAAAUAGUUUUUUAAAUAAUAUUUGAUUACUGGGUGUGGUUAUGGUAA